AGGGUGGGUGUGACACCUCCCGGGGUUUGUGUCACAGGAACAGCCCAAAAAGGAGCCUGACUGCAAGGAUUAACUGCAGGAGAGAAAUUUGUGAAAUCGUGAUUUGAGAAAUUGUGUCACCAACACAAUAUUGGGCAUGUCUGUGAGGAGGAGUCAAAGGAGAAAAUGUGCUUUUCUCCAUGCCAGCAGGAGGUGAAAUUGGGAGGAAGCUGGUCCUGUGUGUUUGCUAAUGGGGAAAACUGGAUCAGGUAACUCAAACUGUUAAAAUUAACUGUAGAAAAGUGUUUUCUAGGAGAACUUCCAAGUGCCAUUGAAAACAUCCUGCUAAAGGAAGGAAAGGAAGAGGAGGAUCAUCAUAAUAUAACUUGGGAUGGCUUCAACUUGGCAGAAAACUCAGGAAUUCUACAACUGGAUUCUUGAAAGUGGAGAUCCAAGGACAGACCCGUGGCCACUGGUCUACUCCCCAGUUCCUGUCACCCUGGUCUUCAGCUGCUACCUCCUGCUGGUGGCCCUGGGGCCGCGCUGCAUGCGGCGGCGGCGGCGGCUGCAGCUGCGGGCUCCGCUGCUCGCCCACAACCUGGCCAUGGUGGCACUGUCCAGCUACAUGUUCUACGAGUUCCUGGUCACUUCAGUCUUGGCCAACUACAGCUACCUGUGCCAGCCAGUGGAUUACAGCCGGAGUGAGCUGGGAAUGAGGAUGGCAAGAGUGUGUUGGUGGUUCUUCUUCUCCAAAGUCAUCGAGCUGCUGGAUACGGUUUUCUUAAUUCUGCGCAAGAAACAAGAGCAGGUGACUUUUCUGCACGUGUACCAUCAUGGCUCUAUGCUCUUCAACUGGUGGUCAGGGGUCAAAUACGUGCCUGGAGGACAAGCCUUCUUCAUUGGGAUGCUGAACUCCUUUGUCCACAUCUUCAUGUACGGCUACUACGCCCUGGCCAGCCUGGGACCGCGGAUGCGCCGGCACCUGUGGUGGAAGCGUUACCUGACCAUCCUGCAGCUGUGCCAGUUUGUGGCUGUUGCUGCUCAUUCUUCCUACAACCUCUUCACAGAGUGCCCGUUCCCUGAUGGCUUCAACACUGCAGUCUUCCUCUACAGCCUCAGCCUCCUGGCUCUCUUCCUACACUUCUACUAUGGGACCUACGUUAGGAGAAAGCAGGAAAAGCUGGCUUAA